AUGACACACAAUGAUUCAUUUGAAAAUACUGAUCGAUCAAUAUCAUCAGGAACUAUUGAUAUACCAUCUCUUGUUACAACACUACCCGAAAUAAAUAUAAAUUGUCACAUAUGUCAUAAAUAUCAAGGUCAACUUUAUCCAUGUCGUAUAUGUGGCAAAGUUUAUCAUCAACAAUGUAUCAAAGAUAUUGGAGAUGCAAAAUCAUAUCAUUUAAUUAAAAAUGCUACUAAUAUAAUUGGAUGGAGUUGUCCAAUAUGUGAAGAUCUUCGCGUACUUUUAUCAGGCGAAGAAUUAGCUGAAACUCAUGAAUGGAUAAAAUCAUUAGGUAGUCAAAUUACUUUUAAUCUUGAUAAUUAUAUAAAUACUCGUAUUAAAUCAAAAUCACCUGUUAGUUUUUAUUUUGACAAUACACAUGAUCAUAUAAAAAUGAUUUUACAAAUCUUUCUACAUACAAUUAUUGAUAUAACAUCUAAUCGAUUAUCUCAAGCAGAUUUACUUAUUCUUGAUGUUAGUAUGAAAAUUUUUCAUACAUCACCAAAAUUCCUUGUUAAUUCAUUGACAUCAUUUGAACUUUAUCGACUUAGUCAACUUUUUAUUUCAUUAUCAUCCAUAGAUAAUCAAUGUGUUACAUAUAAUAAAUUUCAACAAGUUUUUAAUACUUAUCUUCUAGCAAUCAUGCCUGAAUUAAACUCUAAUGAAAAACACUUACAUUUAGAAGCAUUGGCUUAUAGUUUUUUGGGUAAUGUGAUCAACUUUGACCGAACAUGGACACAAUUUGUUCUUAAUGCUACCAUUCCGACAUUAUUAGGACGAUAUACUCAUCACACACCAUUUGAUUUUACUAAUCGAACUGUUUCUAUCAAACAAUCAACUAGUCCUACAACAGCUAAUCUUACAGAAUACAAAGAUAAUCAAUCAUUAGCAACGUUGAUUAAUAAUAUUUUACAAAAGCUCAAACAAACUGUUGGAAAUGAUACCGAAUCAGUCGCAGAUCAGCACGAGAGAAAGUUUACGAGAAUGAAAAAACAAGCAAAUCACAAAAUUAAACACCGAUAA